CUUCAAUUCAAUAAAGAUUCCAACCUCUUGCAUUCUAACUGUCUCCAUUCAAUCGGCUAAGCCUAACCCUCCCUUCCUAUUUUGCCUUCCAUUUCCGGCCGUACAGUUCUUGCAAUUCCCCAACCCGACCAUUCCAAUUAUUCAAUUUUAAUUUGAUUUAAAUAAUUAAAUUUGUGUCUUUAAUUUGCAUGGAGCAAUUGCCUCCGAAGCCCCCUCUCCCCAUGAACUGGUCUUCCUUCCCCUUCCAGAUGGCGCCGCCGCCGCCGUCCUCCGCCGGCUCAUGGGUCGACGAGUUCCUCGACUUCUCCGCCACGCGGCGGAGCGCCCACCGCCGUACAGUCAGCGACCCCAUCGCCUUCGUGGAGGAGCCCAACAGCUGCAGCAACAAUAAUGGCUUCGACAGGCUCGACGACGAGCAGCUGCGCAGCAUGUUUUCCGACGACGUCGCCGCCGCCGGACCGCCGAAUAGAACCUCCAGCGCGAACCCCUCCUCGCCGUCCGAUCAGAACAGCGACAAUGACGACAGGAGGUUCCCGGCGGACCACCUCCACCGCGCGCAGCUGAAAACCGAACCCGGAGAGGUGGACAGCUCAUGCAACGCCACCGCGGACGCUCCGUCGCCGGCUAAAUGCUCCGACAACAAUAAUUCCGGCGACACCAUUGUCGACCCCAAGCGGAUCAAGCGAAUAUUGGCUAAUCGGCAAUCAGCACAGAGAUCAAGAGUGAGAAAGUUGCAAUACAUUUCUGAGCUCGAAAGGAGUGUGACAACGUUACAGACUGAGGUAUCAGCAUUGUCUCCGAGGGUUGCAUUUUUGGAUCAUCAGAGGCUUCUUCUGAAUGUGGAUAACAGUGCUCUUAAGCAGCGGAUUGCUGCUUUGGCACAAGACAAAAUAUUCAAAGAUGCCCAUCAAGAAGCCUUGAAGAAGGAGAUAGAAAGGCUGAGAAAAAUCUACCACGAGCAGAACAUGAAGAAGGAGAAGAUGGAGAGUGAAGCCGCCGCCGGCGACGAUCCGCCGCCGGCAGCCUGAUUGGCCGGCGGGAUGGCUGUACAGAAGAAGAUUAAUUAAUUAAUUAUAAUUAAUUUAAUUUAGCAGCAAAAUAUUAUUCUUCUUGAUGAAUUCUUUCUUCAUUUUUUGAAUUCAUUAUAUUAGCUGGGCAGGCAUGCGAUCACAUGGCCUGUCCCAAUCUUUCCACUAAUCUAAUGCCGUAGUGGGCCCGGCCAUCUCUUGUCCUGUCAGAACGACACGUGGACAGCUGCAGAUGACGUGAUUUCUAAAUUACUGCUUUCCAUUGGUGGGUUUGAUUUCCUUCAUUAAUUUAAUCGAAUCAGUCAUCGUCGUCGAUUUUUUUUUACAAAAAAUGUAAUUAAUUGAUCGAUCGAUGCUAACUUGACAUUAGUCUCUCUCCAGGAGACAGAUUCCUCCUUGUGAUUUUUUUUUUUUUUCUAUUUUAAUUAAGUGGAUUAUAUAUAUGUUUGUUAAAUUAUUGUUGAAAUUUAAUCAUCGUCGGGUAUUUGUAUUAUUAGGUUGUGGGGUUUGGUACUGAAGUCUGUUUUAAGGUUAUGUUAGAAUUAUUAGUGGAUCUUUGGGUUGGUGAAUUUGUACACUGAAUUUGUUCAUGGUUAUUUUGGAAAGCAGAUUUUCUCUGUUGA